CAAGAGUGAGGCAGCCCCGCCCCCGCCGACGGGGCUGGCCAUCUGCAGGAAUAAGUAAGUGACUGGAGCGAUUGAACACUGGCGCUACAUCUCCUCCUUCCAUGGGCCAUGGCUACAGCUUCCCCCCGAGAUCCUCGAAUCGCUCGCCCACCAAAACUACAUCAUGCCUGCCCCCCGCUUGGUGGAUCCUGCCGUCUUCUUCGAUGUUGUCAAGAUCCGAAAAGCUGUCGAUCAGGCCGCCGAGGAUUCGGUGCGCGCGUCGACGGGCCUCUCGAACACUGCCAUGAACGGUCGCAUGGAAUACUUUGGCACGCAAGCAAAUGGCCCAGGAAGCCAGCUGAGUAAAGAACGAAUCUUCAAGAUCCGUCAGAAAGCUGUCAAGCUGCUCUCGUCGGCCUUCCAGCUCGACGAAGUUGCUGCAAGUGUGGCGACGAUGCAGGCGACCAGCACCGUCGAGGACGUGGGCCAGCACGUGCUGAGGAGAGACCCGCAUAGCACAGAUGCCCGUUACGUGCACUUCUUCCACGAGAAGAUCCCGAGUCGCGCCAUGGAGCAGUAUACCCCUCUGGAUCCGCUCAAUGAGAUCAUCCAGGCAUUACCCAUGGAGCUGCAGCCUGCGCCUUUGCGUACCCGCGCCCUGGUUCAGAUUUUCAAGCACCAAUGGGACGGUGCCGUCUACGACUUGACCAUCGCGUUGCGAAUCAUACAUGACCUGAAGCGGGUGCACCAGCCGGACCAGCAAGAGCUUGAGUUGGCUAGUAAGAUGAAAGCAGAGCAAGAAGCAUGGCAAAAGGGCUGCAGAGACUGGCGAUCAGCGCCUCAACUAAAGGACGAGGAGCAGCCGAAGAGCUUGGAGAUGCAACUUCUCUUCAAUCGCGCUGGAGUCUACCUGACCAUUGCGUGUCAAAGCGUGCACGCUGCGCUCGACGGCCUGCCACAAUUCCAGGAGGCAAGUGCAAAGGGUCAGACCGAUGGAGCGCACCACAAAGCGCAUGAAGAGAGACUCGCCGCACGCAAGAUUGUCAAAGUCAAUGCAAAGCGUGCUCUCAAAGACUAUGAGGCCUUUCUUUCGCAUUUUGACUAUACACCGGGUCUGCCUUUCGAAAUCACCAACGAGAUCAUGAGGAGAGUGUACGACCUGGCCAAUGGCAACAGGACACAAACCUCGCUGCCGAGAAACAGGCUGGUGGAACUGAACGAUUCCGGGGACGAUUCCGAGCACGAAACCCAUUGUGACGAUGCAGGCGCGAAUACAACCCCAGCUGAGAAACCGCUCGUCAAGGCAUCAAAGCCCACAUCCGAGCCAUUUGAACGUGGCGAAGAUGGCUGGCCCAAAUUUCCGUCGCCCAAGAUACACCCUGCCAGUGCAUUAUUCGCCCCUCAGCCUCCCGCAGAUUUACCACUGUUCCCGACAGAAGAGACGACGGACGCUAUGCGCAACAACGACACCUUACACGAAGCCUUUGGUAGCCGUGAAGCAGUUACAUAUCACCCUCUCCUCACUGAUGCGCUCCACUCAUUACUCUUGGCACAUUCUCUCCUUCAGACGAGUCCCACCGAGAUCCUCCGCCAUGCCCACAAUGCCGCACGCCUAGCUCGAAUUGCAGACGGAUACCCGAUAUUUCAGGCAGCUCGCAGCCCCGCACGCGCAGAUUGGAUCGAGGUGUUGCGAAGAGCCAACAAUUGGCUCGGUCUCUCCCUGCCAUGGCAAAAGCUGUGUGCACCGGCGCCAUUGCCAGAUGCUGCUGGUGGCUGGGCCAAGGAACCAACGUCUAAUGCGCUUGCAAAGCCAAAGGAACGCCAGGUGGAGACUGUAGAGCAGAAGCGUGAGCGAAUCAAGCAAGAGUCCAUUAUCGACGCUCUCUCCGAUGACCGCGUGGUUGACGAAGAGUCCUUUCAGCGGGCUGUACGUGCGAGAGAGCUCCGAGCAAUGGAAGACGAACAGGGCCUCAGUGGUCCGCUCAAGGACAAAGAAGACGCAGCUGCGUCACAUUCUAACGGAUCAUCGACACCAUCCACCACCAGCAGCGAGAGUGGUCUUCCUCCGCCGAAGCGAUGGGCACAAGACGAGAAUGGUAGGGAGUAUCCCAUUAGUACUGAGCGUGCCGAAGCGAUUGCUCGUUGGAUUAAGGAGUCCCCGCUCAGUAUGGGGGUGAAGAAGAAGAAAAAGAGACCGGCAGGGCGGAAGCCAAGCGGGGUGCUCGCUGAGCUUUGAGGGCGACGAGGACGAGAAUGAUUCUGAUGAAGCGUUGUGCUAGGUUAUCGAUGAGCUCUGCUGAGUUGGAUACCCUUGAGCACAGAAUGCUUAUGACUGACGUGAAGUGAAUUGAGUUAUCCUCCUUUUCCGGGGAUAAAAUUGUUGAUGACCAGACUAGUCUACUAGACUUUGAAGAAGUAGCAUACGAGAAGUAGGAUAUAAUAUUUCCUCCCACUGCUCGUUACGAUCCUCUUCGCACUGCCCGUAAUUCGACAAUAACAACAGGAUACCUAGCUUAGACAAAAUGAAGUCGAGUCCUCGAGUCUUGCUUCAGGGUCCGAAGUGGUGCUGCCGCUGCUGCUGCUCUUCCUCUUCCUCUUCCUCUUCCUCUCUGUCUCUCUCCCUCCCUCUCAUUUCUGCGUUCGCAAGGAGCUAAUAACUUUAGCAAGUGCCUCUGGAUUGACUCCGUUCUCAAUAAGUGAAAUGCAAUAUGAUAAACAUUGUCGAUCGAGGUUGGUAUUCAAUAUCGUGGAGAUCUCGAAUAAAAUGUCUACCGUGUCGCGUGCGGCGCGUUUCUUGGUAUCUUGAUCGGCUGGAGGCAUGGUGGGGACGUUCUUCUGAGGUCUGUUCUGAGUGGAGGGCACACGCGCGUGUGUCGUGAGUGUGCUGUGAGUUGGUG